AUCCACAGUCCUACACUACCUGCUCAGCAGAAGAAUAGGUGUACAGUACAUAGCAGCAUUUAGCAGCUAAGCCAGAUAUUUCUGUAAGCUUCUUCUUCUUCAUCUCUUGUUGAAUGGUGGUUGGCAAACAGCUUUCCUUAAGCUAAGAGAGGGAUGAGGUAAAGAUACGGAGGUGGAAGGGACAGGUGUUCUUACAGCAACAGGUAGUUAACUGGUUAUUGAACUGCGGCUGUUUAUCAAUAACUCGAGAGAUGUAGCAGCAGUGGCAAUGACACAGUUAAUGGAGGACCUUAAGGCAUCGGGCAGCGUCCACUCGUCAUGGAGCCUGACAGCACCCGCCACUGGUCUGCUCUCUCCGGGCUUCCGCUGGAUCCUUCAGUCUGGAGGUGUCUUAUCUCCGGUGAGCGCACUUGCAUCAGAUGAGGCUUGCUGACAGCGUAAUGGCAGGGAAAACCUCGGAAGGCUCCAUCAAAUGGCAGCUCUGCUACGACAUCUCAGCCAGGACCUGGUGGAUGGAUGAAUUCCAUCCUUUCAUCGAAGCCCUGCUGCCCCACGUCCGGGCCUUUGCCUACACAUGGUUCAACCUCCAGGCCCGAAAAAGGAAGUACUUCAAGAAGCAUGAGAAGCGCAUGUCCAAGGAGGAGGAGCGUGCCGUGAAGGACGAGCUGCUCAGUGAGAAGCCUGAGGUCAAACAGAAGUGGGCAUCGCGCCUCCUGGCCAAACUGCGCAAGGACAUCCGGCCUGAGUUCAGGGAGGACUUUGUGCUGACGGUGACGGGGAAGAAGCCACCGUGCUGCGUGCUGUCCAACCCUGAUCAGAAGGGCAAGAUGAGGAGGAUCGACUGCCUGCGCCAGGCGGACAAAGUGUGGAGGCUGGACCUGGUCAUGGUGAUUUUAUUCAAAGGGAUUCCCCUUGAAAGUACUGACGGGGAAAGGCUGGUAAAGUCUCCUCAGUGUUCGAACCCCAGUCUGUGUGUGCAGCCGCAUCACAUUGGAGUUUCAGUGAAGGAGCUGGAUCUCUACCUGGCCUACUUCGUCCACGCAGAAUCUGGCCAAUCAGAAAGUCCCAACCAGGCCAGCGAAUCAGAUAUCAAGGAGCAGCCAGAGAACGGUCACCUGGGUUUCCAGGACAGCUUCGUGACACCUGGAGUCUUCACAGUGGCCGAGCUGGUGCGAGUCUCCCAGACACCCAUCGCCGCCGGCACCGGUCCAAACUUCUCCUUGGCUGACCUGGACAGCUCCUCCUACUACAGUAUGAGUCCAGGAGCCAUGAGGAGGCCGCUCCCCAGCACGUCCUCCUCCAGCUCUGCCAAGAGGAUAAAGUGCAUGGAGGAGGACGUGGACAGUCCCGGAGAGGAAUCCUACUACCCGGGUCAGGGUCGCUCUCCGGGCAGCGGCAGCCAGGCCAGCAGCUGGCACGACGUGGAGCCAGCUGGAUAUAAGCUACGUGGCUCGCUAGCUAGCUCGUUCAUCUCCCGACAAGGGAUGCCGUCGCCCGCCGGCGCUCUGAAGAAGUCAGAGAAGUCUGGUUUCUGCGGCGCCGUGCCUUCACCAAGCGGCGCCUCCACCUCCUCCUCUUCUUCUUCCUCCUCUUCCCCCCGAACGGCUUUCACGCACCAUCACCGGCCCGUCAUUACCGGGCCCCGAGAUCUAUACAUCACUGUCCUUAACGAGGCCUCAUCCACUAACGAGCAAUCACAGAAUAUCAGACCAAUUAGAAGCUUAAUUAGAGAGGAGAGGAGGAAACGAGAGAGGAGAGGGGAUAAGGAAAUGUGAGAAGAGAGGAAAAAAGUGGAGAAACUACUGACAUCCAUACGCGCUUGUUUUGAUUGACAGCUGGUAUGAAGAGGUGCAUGAUGGCUUGUUUCAUCUGCUCUGCCGUAUGUGUCCAUCAUCUG